GCGAGGCAACAGUGUGGGCGGGGCCCCGGUGCGCGCGCGCGGUCCGCUGCUCGGUUCUCCCGCCCGCCCCCCCCAACCCGAACAUGGCGGCAGCGGCAACCGGAGACCGUGACAGGGCGGAGGGGAACACCGGGGGGGCCCUCCAACGGCCAUUCACCCCCAGGAAACCGGAAACUGCUCGAGGGCCACAGAACGGAGGGCAGCCUGAGAUUUCCCUAUUAUCUGCUAACUCUGGAUCUACGAAAGAACAAAGUCUUGUACAAUCCUCACAGGCUGGGCAAUGCCAGGGGCACCUUCACACCACCUUGCGCUCCCAAAAGCAGCAGAAUGAGUCCACACCAGUACAGUCUGUCCGAAGCCGCAAUCUUUCACUGCUGUCAUCAUCAGUCAUCCCCGUCCCCAAACACAGGUUGGAUGAAGCGAUUGCUGCUGCUGCUCUCACCAGCUUGUCCUCAGGCCCAUUGGUGCUGGGAGCUGGAACAACCCUGGAAGCAGAGUGCAACACUGAGUCAUGCCGUAACUUUGCUGCUGUCUCACCGAGCAGGAUCAACAGCUGCAAUCUGUACAUCAGCACAUCUGUCUGUUCAACGCGGUCCCCGCCCUUGCCACCUACACUCUCGUCUGCGUCACUGGAUGUUGGCAUUGAGGAUUCAGACACCACCCACUUCCUGUUUGGUGAUCCUGUGCCCCGGAAGAGGAAGAACUCAGCCCGCCUCAUGUUUCGUUGCCUGUGGAAGAAUUGUGGGAAAGUCCUCAGCACUUCAUCUGCUAUUCAAAAGCACAUCCGAUCAGCGCACCUGGGACGCUGCAAGGAAAAAGAGCACAGUGAUGGGGAAGAGGAUUUUUACUAUACGGAAAUGGAUGUCAAUGUGGAUACUCUGAGUGACGGACUGUCCAGCCUGACUCCUACUUCCCCGACCAGUGCCGGCCCACCAUCUUUCCCUGAAAUGGGGUCUCUUGGAGCAAUGCAAGGUCCAGAACUACCUAUUAUAUCCCCGCUGAGCGUUUCUGCUCCUAGCACACUGUGUCAUGUAUACACAGACCACCCUUAUCAAGCCCAGUCUCCCAGCACUAUAUCCCUAACCUCUAAAGUUAGCUCGUCCUGGCAGCCUCCCUCUUUUCUUGUUGAAGCCUCUCCGGUCUGUCCGACGUCAGGUGCUGGUGACAGUAGACAGAUGCUCUUUGCAGCUGCACCCAACCAGAAACAAGGCGCAGGCACUCGGAAAGGCCGUGGAGAAGCCAAGAAAUGCCGCAAAGUGUAUGGGAUGGAGAGAAAAGAUUUGUGGUGUACAGCGUGUCGCUGGAAGAAAGCAUGUCAGAGGUUUAUAGACUGAAAUUUGAUUUGGAGAAUUUAAUCGACCCCUCCCUUAGGGGGUACAACUGCGCUCUCACAACCGUCAAGUUUUAGAUUUUUUUUUAUUUUAAGAGCUGCAUCUUGGACAAUCUAGCUCUUGGGAUGAUCCUUUUCUACGAGGAUUUGUUUUUGUAAGACUGGCCUUUUGUGGGUUGGGCCUGUCUGGUUGACCAUAAGGGGGCUAAUCUCAGGGAGUGCUCCGUGAGAUUCCUGGGGUGCCUCAUUGAUAGGAGGGGAGUGAUGAAGAUAUUAAUUUAGUUUGUGUGAGAAGGUCAGGGGGUGAAGAAAGGUGGGGAAAAUUCCCCUUGCACAUUAUUCUGCACUUUUAUAAGAAGCCUUUGGAUUUGAAAGACAUUUGGAGCAAACAACUCCCAUGUCACAAGGGAAGAUUGUGUUGCACCAAAAUGUGUCCCUGUGUCAGGAGAGAAAUGCUCUAUUAGGUUUUGUGUUCUGUCCUGCAUCUCCCCUCUGAAUACAAAGCUUUAUCCUAUAGUUCUGCCCUUGAGGGCCAGGCCUGCAAAAGAGAGCUUUUUAACAUAUAAGUGGGGCAUAUUUGUCCUCAGAAAUGCGCGAACGUAUUACUUUUUCUGCACUUCACUACAAGGUGGUCUAUUUAAUAGUUUUUUUUAUGUAACUGCAUAUCAUCCUCAGCCCAUUACCCGCUGUCCAUUUUUACCUUGUUUCUGUGUAGAGUGGCUCAUUACUGAUCAGAUGAGCAGCACUGUACAUAUCUGGAAGGUAAAAUGGAGCUGGACAGAAAAUUAGAUUGCUGCUGUGGUAUAUAAAGUGAACAGUGACCACCGUGCCGCAGGUAAACAAUUUACCUUUCAGUUCCCUAGAGAUCACCUUAUUUUUGCAUACUUUUAUUAAAAGGCCAGAUUGUUGUGUAAUUCACCAGUUUGGCACUUGGUGGAUUCUGUAGGCAAAGUGGUUAGUUCUGUAGGUGGAGGCUGUCUGCUUAAAAUCCUGUCCAUGGUAAGUAUGGAAUCGGUCCUUAUUCACAGCAUCACUAUCUCCCACACAGCAGAAUAUUCCUCUGCCUUUCCACUGUUGUCCUAGCAGUUGUCUGGAGUGAAAUAUUUCCCAUUGGUUUUAUUGGAUUAGCAAUAGGAAUUACCAUCCAAAUUAGCCUUUAUUUGAGGAUUGUACCCACCACUGAGCGCUAUUCAGGGGAGUGGAUUGCUAAUUAGCUCAGGUGUGUUGCAUUUAAUCUGUAUUUUGGAAGAUGGUAAAACUGUGAACAAUAGGUCAGGGAUAAUGGUCUACCCAUUUAUAUAUUUAUACAUGCAGAAAUUAACUUUUCUUUACUCUUGCAUGGGUGACUGAGGGACAUUGUUGUUUGGAGUAGCAUUUCUUCCCUACUCUAGCAGAUUCAUUGAUCCAUGACUCUUCCUAGAUUACAGUGUCAAAACCAGUUCCAGAUAAGCUAUAAUGGUAUCACCCAUUUCAUUGCCCCACUAGUCUUGCACUCUCUUGGGGAGCAACACUUGUCAUGUGGAUAAGUAUUGCAGGAGGACAUGUCCUAAAACAGUGACCAAGGGGAUCCUUUCAGCCACCAGGAUCUUCCACACACAGGCAGCUAGGUUCUUUAAUACCAGUGUCCGGAGAGCCUUGCACCUUUUCAUUGACUAAAGCACUUAAAGGAUUCUUCUCUUCUUGCACUCAUAGCUCCGGACAUUCAGAGGUUUAGAGCUGUUGUAUGCAUUAAUAAAGGCACAUAGGGAUCCAGGGUUGAAAUGCUUAGGAGUUUGAAGCACUUGCCUAGGCACACGCUGAUCCCAGCUUUCUUGGACUGUACAGUGGUCUUGCCAAGGUAAUGCAGAACCUGUACAGUUUUGCCUGCCCAGUUUGGAAAAUAUACCCAAAGAGUAUUUCUUUUAUAGCCAGGCAUCCUGGGGGUGGCUGCGCACACUUUAAUUUGCAUCUGAUCAUGUGACCAGCAGCAGGUAUUUGAUUGGAGGGUGUGGUGUGGUUUUAUUGCUGCCUUUGCACAAACAGGAUUUUUUUUUUUUUUUAAAUGUGUGCAAGCUCAUUUUGUACUCUGUGCUGUGAAUUUUAAUACAUAGGCUGGGGGUAUCUUGUCUGCAUGGGACUGAGUGAAAUGUGCUAGCGGCAUGGAAAAUGUUAGAAGUGGGGGGUGUUCAGUUGUCGUCUGAUAGGAGACUCCAAGUGUCUGCUGGUCAGGCAACUGUGAGCCUCUGGGGUGUGACGUCCCAACCUGCUAUGAACACCCGUCUGCUAAGUUAGCAGUAAGUCACCAAUCCUGUAUCUCACGCUGUUUCAUCUCUCUGUCCUGUAACAUUUGCCACUGCUCUUCCUGUCUCCCCAAUGUGUUAUUUUCUUCAAAGCAUGUGCAUACGUUUUUCCUUGCCCUACAGUGAACACUGCACCUUAAGAGGCUAGCAUUGCUGCAGUUAAUGCAUUUUUGCACUUAGUAAUUCAAUUCGGAAAUGUCCAAUGAUAAAUAUAUGUAUUUUUUUAAUACAAUGUAGAAUGGCCAUAUAUAUAUAGUUAGAAGAUAUUUUAGCAUUUCAAUGUUAGCUAAUCCCCUUUAUCACUCCAAAUGUGAGUAACGACUUCCUAGAUAUAAUGGCAGUGUGAUCAGACUCCGUCCAUGAUGCAGUGAGCAAGUCCUUUAUUCCCAUCCUAAACCAUUACUACAAGGUCUAAAAGAGGAAAUGCAGUUGCUGCAAGCUGUCUCCAACCACAAGGGGACAAAAAAUAAAUAAAUAGAAAUGCUGUCAACAGGAAGGACUUUAUCAAUCCCAUCAAAAUUAGUACAUUUCAAUAACUAGAUAAUUCUCAAGAUUAUCGUUAAAUAACCUGAUCCACAUCAGACAUUGGUGUAGCUGAUGAAUUUCCCUACCUGCAGUGUGAUACAGUGUUCCCCGAGCGUUCUACACACAGCAGUUGGUCUGUCCAAUUGUUUGGAUCAAUGUCCAGCAGCCUUAUAUGCACUGCUGAGGGGACACUCCCCCUCACAUACUAAGAAUGAUGUCAUCAAGUCAGAGGGUGGAAGUUACAGGCUAACGUGGCUCUAUGAUUUUACUGAACCUUGUGACCGUUUUGAUACAUUUCAUUGUGUUUGUAAGUGCUGUCAUACAAGAAAUAUUGGAAAGGGUGAAACUUGACUAAAGACAGGUUGAUGCAUUGUGUGUCUGCCUUUUACAGCAAUAGAAGAUAUGAUUGUAAAUGCAGCCAAGGGUGGUGGCUUCCUAGGGAGGUUGCUGGGUGGGGGAUUGAUAUAAGCUUUAUUUUAAUAAUUGCGAACGUAAAAUCUUGCACUAUUUGGGGCCAGGCACUUAAGAGGGAGAGGGGUGAUAUUUUCAACUGUGUGGAUGAGUGGCAGUGUUUUGGGGAUACCAGCUAGUCUGCAAUGGCCGAGUGGUGGGUAUGUAUAUUAGGGGGGAGGCAUGGCUGGAGACUGGAAGUAGAGGGAGCAGUUAGACUGAUUUGCCUUGGAAGAUAUUGGGUCGCUAUGUCUUUCUUCCAUUUGUUCAGGUGUGAUGGACAAUGUAUGGAGCGCCACCUCAUGGAGACUAUUGUGCCAAGCACAGACCUAAUUUUUUUUUGUCAAUUAUCUUGAUGAAAUAAAGUUUCUUUUUGUAUA